CUACUCCCCCCUUUACCCCUACUCCCCCCUUUACCCCUACUCCCCCCUUUAUUACCCCUACUCCCCCCUUUACCCCUACUCCCCCCUUUACCCCUACUCCCCCCUUUACCCCUACUC